GGAAGUUAGGCUGAGGGGCAGAGAGCGAGACUUUUCUAUUUUCCAAAAGCUCGGUCUGAGGCCCCUCAGUCUUGCUUCCUACCCCGCGCUUGAGUUUCUCCCCGGUUGGAUGCUUUCAGGGGCAAUGAGAAGAGAGACAAUUCCUGGUGUCCUUAGAGGGCCUUGUUCUUGGCAGCUCAAGUCCUGGUUCCCGCCUUCCUUUUUCGCUUUAGGAAUGUUGUGUUGUGAAGCCACAGAAAAGGGUAUGGCCUUAUUUUGCCAAAGAAAGCACAGCGGUUGCACCCUGUUUUGCCAAAACCAUCAGUGUUUGGAAAUGACUCUGAUGAUGAAGAUGAGAGAAAAGAGAGUUUAUGGUACUGCUCAUCAUCUGUGGGACUUUCCCUAGUGCUCAGGUGCUUCCAAGUAGUGCCAGGAAUCAAGCCUGAGACCUUGUGAAUGAUGAAGUGUGUACUCUACCAGAUGAGCUAUCUCCCAGUUCCCAUACCUCCGUGAGUGAAAGCCUUCAGAGGGAAGCUGCAAAGAAGCAAGCAAUGAAACAGACCAAACUAGAAAUCCAGAAGGCCCUUGCAGAAGAUUCUACUGUAUAUGAGUAUGACAGUAUUUAUGAUGAAAUGCAGAAAAAGAAGGAAGAAAAUAACCCUAAAUUGCUUUUGGGAAAAGAUCGAAAGCCCAAGUAUAUUCACAACUUACUAAAAGCAGUUGAGAUCAGGAAAAAGGAACAAGAGAAAAGAAUGGAAAAGAAAAUACAGAGAGAACGAGAAAUGGAAAAGGGAGAAUUUGAUGAUAAAGAGGCAUUCGUGACAUCUGCAUAUAAGAAAAAACUACAGGAAAGAGCAGAAGAGGAAGAAAGAGAAAAAAGGGCUGCAGCACUUGAAGCACAAUUAGAUGUAACCAAGCAGAAAGACCUCAGUGGAUUUUACAGGCAUUUGUUAAAUCAAGCAGUUGGUGAAGAGGAAGUACCAACUUGUAGCUUUCGUGAAGCCAGGUCUGAGAUAAAGGAAGAGAAACCAAGGGGUUAUUCUGAUGAAGUAAGUUCAGAGAAGAAAAUACCACAUGAGAAAUCCACUCUCCACGCUGUUGUGAAAGUAGAGGAUAACCCAGAUGCAGACAGUGACUUUGAUGCUAAGGACAGUGAGGAUGAUGAAGUGGAAGAAAAUUAUCAAGUGAAUUGCAGAAGGGAAAGGGGCACAGAGACCUCUGAGAAGAAUUCUAAACAUCACAGGAAUCAAACCCACUCACGCUCAUCUAGUGAAGAAAGAGAGCAUGACAGCAAACGACACACAAAAAGUUCCAGAUCAAGAGGACAUGACAAAAGUGAUGACAAAAGGGAUGAUCGGUACCAACAGAGGCAAUCCAGGGGCCAGGAAAACUAUUACACUGAACAUGAUUAUCAAAGAGAAAAGGAUUCCCAUAGACACAGAGAGGCAAGUCAUAGAGAUUCCCACUGGAAGCGGCAUGAACAGGAAGAUAAACUGAGGGGAAGAAGCCAGAGAGAAAGAAAUGACAGAGACUCAAAAAGGGAGAAAGACAGAGAAAAAUAUACCCCAAGAGAACAAGAAAGAGAUAAACAACGAAAUGAAUAUCACCAGCACAGUAUGAGAGAAGAAAAGGAAGAAAAAAGCAAAGAAAAGGAAGAACAUAGGAAAGAAAGAUACGAAAACAGUGAUAAAUACAGAGAUAAAGAAGUAAGCAUUCAAUCUUCAGAAAGAAAGGAAAGCUGCCCAAAUACUAGGACAAAGGACGAGUUUCAUGGCCAAGAUAGGUCCAAUAAAAUGAGACACGUGGGAAAGGACAAAGAAAGCAAGCCAGAGAAGCCCUCUAGUUCUGAAAUAUCACUGGACGCAAAACACAGAAUCACAGAGGAAAACCAGGAAAUGAGCAAAGAGCAAGAGAGGCCACAUGAGACAGUAAAUAAAUUUGCAAAACGGAGCAAUGAAGAAACUGUAAUGUCAGCUAGAGACCGAUACUUGGCCAGGCAGAUGGCACGGGUUAAUGCAAAGACAUAUAUUGAGAAAGAAGAUGAUUGAUGACUGACCUAGUAGGAGGAUCUGUAGAAAUAGAAAUUAACUCCUGCCACAUGCUGUGUUCAUGAAGAGGUAUGCUAACUGUUUCAGAAGAUAUUUUUAAAAACAUUUGCAAAAUCUUUUUUUGCUUAAAUUAAGUAAAAGUCCUUUUAUCUUGAAUUAUUGACUGAAUUGAUAUAUAAUAUUUGCUUAUCAGUGCUGUGUUUUAUAUUCAAGCAGUAUAAAAAGUACUAUAGUAGUUAUUUGAAGAAAAUUGGUUUCACUAUAAUCAUUAAAUAAUUUAAUAGCUUCCCUGUUGGCUUUGUUUCAGAAGCUAUUUAUUGUCUAAGUAUUCUGUAUCAGGGGAAAUGUAGAGUUGGACAAUGGAGUGGAGAGAAUGCUAUUGUACUUUAUGUUCUGAAAUUUGUAUUAAAAUGUAAAUAUGGAUGACAGGUCUCUUAACUUUUUAGCUCAUGGUAUAAUGACUUGAAUAUAAAUAAAUAGUGAUGUGUUGUACUAUU